AUGAACAACUCAAUAGUACAACUCUUAGCUUCUCAGAAACUUAAUGGCGAUAAUUAUACAACUUGGAAACCAAACCUAAAUACAAUACUAGUAGUAAAUGAUUUAAGGUUUGUCUUAACUGAGGAGUGUCCUCAAGCCCCUGCCUCAACUGCUAAUCGAAAUGUUCGAGAAGCAUAUGAUCGAUGGGUUAAGGCCAAUGAAAAGGCCCGUGUCUAUAUUAUUGCCAACAUGUCUGAUGUUUUGGCAAAGAAACAUGAAUCCUUAGCCACGGCUAAAGAGAUUAUGGAUUCAUUGACGAAGAUGUUUGGUCAGCCUUCAUGGUCCCUCAAACAUGAAGCAAUUAAGUACAUUUACACCAAGCAAAUAAAGGAAGGGACCUCUGUUAGAGAACAUGUCCUGGACAUGAUGAUGCACUUUAAUAUUGCUGAAGUAAAUGGUGGUUCCAUCAAUGAGGCAAAUUAG